CACGGUCAUAUGACCACAAGGAAGCGUGUUUACAUUUUCCUGCUCCUAACACGCCGAAAAUAAUAUAACUGUUUCCUGCUAACGAACAGCACAAUGACAAAGCUUCAGAUCAUAAACACUUUUCUGACGGAGCGCCUGAUGGCGGCGCUCAAUGAAAUCAUGGACAUGGUCGGCGGAACUGUCCUGCAGUAUGAGAAAGAGCUGGACUACAUACAGAAAGACAACGAGUACCUGAGACGAAGACUGAAGGAGACCGAGAAACUCGUCGAGUCGAGCGGUAUAAUGUCCCUGCAUAGAAAGAGUUCUGUCGGAGGUCCAGAUGUCUCAAACCCUGCACCAGAAUCACCUUCACAGCAACUGAGGUGGACUUCUGGUUUUGAAACAGAAACAAUGCCUACAGAGAUCUAUCAGAACCAGAACCAGGUAUCCAAUGACCAAUUCACCAGCACAAAGGUCGAAGAGUUCUCCAGCCAUGCAGUUCUGGUGACUGAAUCAGACAUCAGUUUGUCUUGUGCCCCAGACAUCAGUUUAUCUUGUCCUCCAAUAAGAAACAGACUGGUUGAAACAGAUAGUGACUUUGAAACACUCACUUUAAAAGACUAUCCUUGUGAUGUUAAAACAGAGCCCUCUGAAAGUCUUGAUUCACAGUCGACCAAUGCUAACACAUCAGCUUACAGUCCGAUACCUCAUUGCACUUCUAAGUUGUCAGCUACUAAUGAUAUUAGUCACAGGUCUGAUCCUAAUGUUUUCAUCCUAUCAAAUUCCACAACUGAUUUAGAAUCACCUAACCAAAUCAACAAUUGCUCUAUAUCAAAGCCUAGAACUUUUCAAGUGUCUGUCAGUAAGAUCAGCCCCAAUGAGUUAAAGACGACUUGUCCGGAAUCAGGCAUAGCUCACAUAAAUUACAGCACCCCACAUCAAAACACUGUCUCCGGAUCAGCCAAGAGCAGUGCUCAUGAUGCUGUCAGUACCAAUGGCCCACUCAAUGUUUUAGUCAACCCCAUAUGUCAUGCGCCUUUCAGUAGGGAAAUCAGGCUGGGAAGGGGAAGAGGAAGAGCGAAAGGUCCAGGAAGACACAUGUGCACCCAGUGUGGAAAGCUGUUCCCUCAUUAUUCACGACUAAAGGUGCACAUGCGCAUUCAUACAGGGGAGAAGCCGUAUGCCUGUGCCCAGUGUGGAAAACGCUUCAACAAUGACGGUACUCUGAGGAACCACAGUCGGGUGCAUCUGCAGUUGCGUCUGUACGACUGUCCAGUGUGUUCACGUAGUUUUAAGGAUGCAUACACCUGUCGAAAUCACAUGCGGUUACAUACUAAGUCGGGCCACGCUGCUUCGACCUCAGCAGGCAAAUUAAACAGGACUUGAGUUACAAAAGAAAGACUCAUGGGAAUGUUUUCACGUUGAUCAUGACAUGCAGCAUAGUGUUGUUUUCUCUUUUAAAUCAAGCUCUGGAGAAGCACUGUUGUGUAGAGUUAAAGGGAUAGUUCACCCAAAAAUUCUAUAAAUUCUAUCAUCAUUUACUUACCCUCAUGUAAUCCAAAUGACUCCAGUGGUUAAAUCCAUGUCUUCUGAAGUGAUCCAAUUGGUUUUGGGUUAUAACAGACCAAAAUGUAAUCCUUUUUCACUAUAAAUUUUGACAUCAACUGUCUCCUUGGUGAUCAUGAUUUUCAGCUUGAUUACACUUCCUAGCACCACCUAGCACUCUGUGUAUGUGUCAAGCACUAGUAGGAAGUGUAAUCGAGCUUGAAAUCAGAAAUGCCAAGGAGACUGCUGUCAAGAUUUUUAGUGAAUAAGGAGUUACAUUUUGGUCUGUUAUCACCCAAAACCGAUUGGAUCACUUUAGAAGGCAAUGAUUUAACUACUGGAGUUGUAUGAAUUACUUUAAUGCUGCCUUUUUGGAGCACAAGUUUUGGUCACUAUUCACUUGCAUUGUGAGGACCUACAGAGCUGAAAUAUUCUAAAAAUCUUCCUUUGUGUUCUGCAGAAGAAAUGCAUACACCUCUGGGAUGCAUGAGGGUGGGUAAACAAUGAGAUAAUUUUCAUUUUGGGUGAACUAUUCCUUUAAUUAAAAUAAAAGUUUCUCUCAAUCUUGCUCCUGGGGGCUCUCCAGCACUAACAUUAGGUAUCACUCUAAUUUCACACACAAUUCAGAUCAUGGAGUACUGACUGAGAUACAUUGUAUCAGAAAUCAAUGUGCUGUGCCGCGAGGCCCCCAGUGGCAGGAUCGAGAAACACUGAAGAACUAAAUAUAGGACUUCAUAUGAUAAUAUCUUCAUGUGCUUAGAAGAAAAAGUGUCUAACAGUAUUUCCUAAAGGGUAUUUGAUGGUAUUUUUUUUAAAUAAAUGUUAUGUUCCUGUUGUAUACAGUAGAGUACGAUUAACAAGUGCCAGUAUUUCCAGCUAUAAGCAGUGCUGUUUUUUAUUUGUUGAUGUUGCUUCUUUUAA